AUGUGUGAAGACUCUGUGGUGGACUUCGAGGCCUACUUCCAUGAAGCAUCAAGCCAGGCUAGUCGGAUCGGCCUGGUCAUCUCCUCGACUCCGCACGCAUCACCCCACCUCCGACCCCAAUCGAGCCCCACAUAUCAACGGUUGCUAAGCAACAGGCACCCGGUAGUACACCAGGCGUGUGGGCUGGACCAACCGGAUAUAGCGGUCACCAAGGGGGCAAGGAAACCUACUCGUGCAGACCACCGUGCACCAGGGAUUAGACACACAGUACACAGUGGCAGCGCGCCUGGUGUGAAGGGUGUGACCGAAUCUGAGGUCAAGGUGCGACGACAGCCCACCCACUCCCGUGGCUACGGGUCUCAGGUAGACCACAAAGCGCAGCGUACCGGUCCUAAAAACCUGGACAUCUGUGAGUCUGAGGUAGAGAUGCGCGCUGAUGUGGGGCGGAAAGAUCCACGCCAUAAUGAGACAGGCGGUGAUGUAUUGCACACUACGGGCAUAACAGGUCACAUCAAGGCAGUGAAUCCGAACCGAGUAGCGGAGUCGGCAGUCAAGGUGGAGAGACUUCCCGAACAGACAUACGGGGAGGAUAGGCGAAAAGUACCUGAUCAGAGGACUGGUAUCCGUUCAUUGGCAUCGAAACAGUGUCAGUUUAGUAGGCCACGCACUCAUGGGAGAGUGGCUGAUGAGUGUGUAGGGACAAACCCAAACCAUAGACGGCACAUGCCGCGGCAGGUAGAGGCUAGUCACCGCAUGGCUGCGAAUACACACGGUCGUAUGAACUCUGACUACGAGCAGACCCCAAAGGAAACUAUAGACGCGCACAGGUAUGGCAAACACCGUGACAACGCUCACAGAACACAACAGAUGGUGCUGCAACAUGCACUAGAGGACUCGCAUGGCAAGCAGGCAUUGUCCGCAAAAGGGUGCACGAAAAACUGCCUACGUCCUUCUGAGGUGAAGUCCAGUGCGAAUGCAAACCUCAAUAGCGGUGUAGUAUAUGGCAGAGAAAGGAAAGGGAAUGCGGAGUUGUGUGAUGUAUCGCACAAGGCCGACGGGCCCGAACCACAGCCUUGUACAACGCAUGGGAACAGACCCUAUCAUUCUAAACAGCUCACGAGGGCUGACGAACACUAUCGCGACAGCAACAAAGCUUUAACACAUGUUGUGCGCGCCGACAUACGCGAGUAUGAUAUCAGAUAUGAACGUGCAUGUGACCACGGGCAUCAACCGACACAGGCUGCCGCAACGGAUGCCUGUCCUCCGCGGAUAAAGCCACGCGCGGAAACGUUGACAAACAGCGCAGCUGUAGUGAGUGUCAAUGUACCCCCGCCCCCGCCACCGCCUCCUCCUGCUUCAAGCCUGACCACCCACAGCAACCCGACUGUAGACCCAGAUGGGAAACCUGUGCAGCACACAGGAGCGGAGCUGAAUGAGUGGCUCGUGAGAGUUAAGGAGUGGCAGAAUGGAGUAUUGACAAGACUGCUAGCGGGGGAACGCGUACCGAGUGCGUCGGUGCGGGGGACACAUCGCAUACCGCCUAAAACAUAG